AUGCCGGCUGAAAAUAUGGGAGCCAGCUUAACGGCACAAAUGCUUGUCGCUUCUCUUUGUGUUCUGGUCUUUGUUCUACUAUGUCCUUGGUUUGGCUAUCUCAGGUUACCGUCAUCUAUGCGAUGGUGGCCCUCAAUCCCUAGUGGACCUCUUUCUGCUCUUAGAUUAAGUCUCAAGGAAUACAGUGGGUCCAGGUCCAGUGAGGAUGGCUAUAAAAAGUUCUCCACAAAGGCCGAGCCAUUUGCAAUAUGCAACCCAAGCUUCUAUCCCCAGGUCUUGCUACCACCAGAGCAGAUCCCAUGGCUCCUGAGUCAACCAGAAAACGUCCUGUCCCACGAAAAGGCCAACGAAGAUGUCCAUGCGCUCCCAUUCCUCGCCCCAGCAUUCGACAACUACGACCAUCUUGAACUGAUUAGGGCUGUCCGGAACGACCUUACUCGAAAUAUCGCGAAUACUGAAGACGCAUUUCUUGAUGAACUGAGAUAUACCACAGAUGAAGCACUCGGCCCUCCCGGUGAAACUGUAUGGAAAGAAGUUAAUCUCACUACAGUAUUGGACAGCGUAAUCUUCGGAAUAUGUCUACGGCUCUUCUUCGGAGUUUCUCUCUCCAGGAAUCGGAAGUUUGUCUACUAUGUAAAGGCAUUUACUCGGGUCACUGGAGCUAUGAUGCUCUUCGUGUCUCAAUUUGUUCCCUGGCCGCUGAAAUCCGUCGUUGGUCUCGUUGCCGGACUUCCCAUCUAUUAUUACUGGGUGCGUCUCAUUAUAUACCUGUAUCCGACAUUCAAGGAACGCAUACAUUGCCUGAGAACCAAGAAAGAGACUCCACCAGCAGACAUGGUCACAUGGAUGGUUGAUCUGGCCAUGAGCCAGAAUCCAACACGAAGAUUGAACAUCAGCGGUCUCAUAGUCCGACUUACCCUCAUCGUAUUCCUCCCCGUCGACGUGCUCAUAGCAAUGACGGCAAACUUCUUCCUCGACCUCCUGAGCUCCGACCCCGACUCCCGAUACUACCAAACCCUACGUGAAGAAGCCACAGCAUCAUUUGCAAACCGGGACAAAUCCCAACCCAUCUCCCAAUCAAUGCCACAGAUGGAAAGCACCAUUCGGGAAAGUCUCCGUCUCAGUCCGUUAUCCGACCGCAUGCUAUCCCGACGGGUGGUCCAAAAAGAAGGCAUCACACUUCCUGACGGGCAGUUCCUGCCCCGUGGUACCUGGCUUGCCGUAGCCGCGGUUGGUGUUCAUCAUGAUGAGCAGACGUAUGAGGAUCCGGACGAAUAUCGGCCCUUUCGCUUCCUUUCAACGGAUGAUGAAAAACAGGAAUCGAAGGCGAUGAUGAUCCCGGUGACGAGUGAGAAGUUCUUGGCUUUUGGGCAUGGGAGGCAUUCUUGGUAA